AUGGGGAAUAAUAUUAAAUCGACGCUUCCUCAAAAUGAUAAUGUAAAGGAAUAUCUUAAGGCUGUGGAAGAUCGCUUUUGUUCAGCAGAUAAGUCCCUUGAAGGGAGAUUAAUGGCUGAAUUUAUCACCAUGAAAUUUGAUGGUAAUCGUGGGAUGCACGAACAUGUCCUUGAAAUGACUAAUCUAGCUACUAGACUCAAAACUCUAGGAAUGAAUGUUGAUGAAAGUUUCCUUGUUCAAUAUAUUCUGAAUUCAUUGCCUGCUCAAUAUAGGCCAUUUCAGAUUCACUAUAACACUAUUAAGGAAAAGUGGAAUGUGAAUGAAUUGUUGGGUAUGCUUGUUCAAGAAGAGUCAAGGCUUAAGCAACAAGGUCAGCAUUUUGUGAAUGUUACGAGUCAUAGAGCUGAAAAUAAAGGAAAGAAAUCGAAGAAGAGCUUCAAGAAGAUCCAUUAA